UACGAGUGAGAGCCGCUACAAAAGGCCUGAAUGAAACGCAUGUGGGUUUAGUGAGUCGUAAGCCACCAGGGGAUCCCGUCUCCCUACAAACCAGCAUCUCUUGCAGGAGGCAGAGGAGGGGGAGGCGGCAAGCAGGGGAGAUCUCGGCUUCGCCGGCGCGCGCAGCGGCUGGAGCGGCGGGGAGAGGCCGGGCCACCUCCCCCUUCCCGGCCAUGCACCGCCUCGCCCGCGGCGGUUCCAGGCACCACACUCUCCGCCCGGGCUGCGCCCGCUGUCGCCGCAACAAGCUCCUGCGGCUGCCGGCACCGUACAUCGAGGAUCAGCGCCAGCUCUCUCCGCCCCACCCCCAUCACCGAUUCCCUGCUCUGCGGGGACGCGCCGCCCAGCAGCCCGCGCCGCCCCCUGGUCAACUUUGAAGGAGAGGAGAAACAACUUUGGCAGUGGCCGCGGGUUUCGAAUCCCGUUUCUUCUCGGCCUCAGUAGCCUCGGGAGUCGCAGGGGUUAGGUGGGGCAAGAGUUUCCUGGGCGCAUCUGCGCGGCAUCUGGCUGUUUGCAACCUGUUUCCAGCGAGCGGGAGCGGGAUUGUGCCUACUAGUCAUCUGAAGGAUGGGAACUUGUUUUUCUUUCCCUUGAGCGACCGCGGCUUGCAGCUGGAGAACGCAGUAACCAAAGGACAUAAAUAGGCAGAGCAACUGUUACCAAGAAGGCUACCAGCCCAAGGCAGGGAGAAGCGUGGGGCUUCGUCCGGGCUUUACCCAGUUGCUACAUUAAUCAACAAUCAGGUGUUGUUGGUUGCAAGUUUUCAAGGUCAGCCACCGAGUACAGCGAAUCCCUCUCUGAACCUUGGAGAUACGCAGCGCUCGGGGAAGAUGUGGCUGAGAAAUGCACGGAUGCCAAACGAGCAAGGCUUGUAGAGGGGGAGGGUUGUGACCCCCCAAGCCCCAUCCCCCAACCGCCCGGUAAUCUCCGGUUCCUCGCUGCCGGGGCGGGGGUUAGUAUGUGACAUGUGUCUAACUCUCAGCUGCAACUUGGGCAGCAGGUGUCGGUCCUAAGCAGGAGCCACCGCCGCCGGGUGCGCCCUCGCCCAGCCAUGCGGGCCCCCGGCGCACCUCUCGCCCGCACCUCGCGACUGCUGCUUCUGCUUUUGCUUGAGGUUUCUGCUUCUCCUGCCCUCGGGUCCGCCCCUGCGCCCAGGAACGAACAUUUUCUGGGGGGAAGCGGUUCAUCUACACGGAUCCAGCGUCGCAGCAGGGACGCCUGGGGACCGGGAAAUUCGGCAGGAGACCUUUUGCCAACCGGUGCGCCCAUGGAGAAGGAGCAGGCGGCAGCGGUGCUCUCAGCGCCCUCGUGGGACCUACUGGAGGCCAGGCGCAGUGACCCAGGUGCGGGCAGAGGGGCGGGGGCGGCGGCGGCGGAGCCCUCGGGACCUCCCGGCAGGCCACCUGGCGCCUGGAGGUGGAAAGGUGCCCGAAGUCAGGAGCCCCCUGAAACUUUGGGGAGAGGGAACCCCACGGCUCUCCAACUCUUCCUUCACACCGCAGAGGAGAAGGAUAAGGGUCCCAGAAGCGCUGGCAUUUCCGGGCGCAGCCAGGAGCAAGGUGUGAGGACAGAACCCGGAGCCGGCGACCUUUAUUACUGGCCAAGGAGAACCGGGAAACUCCAGGGUUCCCACCACGACCCCCAACCCAAGAUGGUCAAUGGACCAUCAUGGCACGAAGGGCGGACAAUUGCACCUCCCGGCAGGGCGCUGGCUCAGAAUGGGUCCUCGCUUGAAGGAGUUCACGAACGCGGGGGUCCCCGCCGGGGCAACGGCACAAAUCCGCGCUUGCGACUGAAGAACCCGUUCUACCCGCUGACCCAGGAGUCCUAUGGAGCCUAUGCGGUCAUGUGUUUGUCGGUGGUGAUCUUCGGGACUGGCAUCAUUGGCAACCUUGCGGUGAUGUGCAUCGUGUGUCACAACUACUACAUGCGGAGCAUCUCCAACUCUCUCUUGGCCAACCUGGCCUUCUGGGACUUUCUCAUCAUCUUCUUCUGCCUUCCGCUCGUCAUCUUUCAUGAGCUGACCAAGAAGUGGCUGCUGGAGGACUUCUCCUGCAAGAUCGUGCCCUAUGUAGAGGUUGCUUCUCUUGGAGUCACAACCUUCACUUUGUGUGCUCUGUGUAUAGACCGCUUCCGGGCGGCCACCAACGUACAGAUGUACUACGAAAUGAUAGAAAACUGUUCUUCGACAACCGCCAAACUUGCUGUCAUAUGGGUGGGCGCUCUGCUGUUAGCCCUGCCGGAAGUGGUCCUCCGCCAGCUGAGCAAGGAGGACCUGGGCUUUAGCGGGCGCGCCCCGGCCGAGCGCUGUGUCAUCAAGAUCUCCCCGGAUCUCCCCGACACCAUCUAUGUGUUAGCCCUCACCUACGACAGUGCGAGACUCUGGUGGUAUUUCGGCUGUUACUUCUGCUUGCCCACACUUUUCACCAUCACCUGCUCUUUAGUGACUGCCAGGAAAAUCCGCAAGGCCGAGAAAGCCUGUCCCCGGGGGAACAAGCGGCAGAUUCAGCUCGAAAGCCAGAUGAACUGCACAGUCGUGGCUUUGACCAUUUUGUAUGGAUUCUGCAUUAUUCCUGAAAAUAUCUGCAACAUUGUUACUGCCUACAUGGCUACGGGGGUUUCCCAGCAGACGAUGGACCUUCUGAAUAUCAUCAGCCAGUUCCUUUUGUUCUUUAAGUCCUGUGUCACCCCUGUCCUCCUUUUCUGUCUCUGCAAGCCCUUCAGUCGGGCCUUCAUGGAGUGCUGCUGCUGCUGCUGCGAUGAGUGCAUCCAGAAGUCUUCCACGGUGACCAGUGAUGACAAUGACAACGAAUACACCACAGAACUGGAACUCUCCCCCUUCAGUACCAUUCGCCGGGAAAUGUCCACGUUCGCUUCUGUUGGGACCCAUUGCUGAAGGACAGCCUUUGGUUUGCUUAGAUUUGUUUGAUUUUCAUAUCCUGUGAAAGUUUUUACUGCCUAUUUUCCUUACUGGGAAAAAAUGCAAAAAGGAGAGAAAUAUUAACUACUGUAGAACUGAUUUUGCAAAUUAAUAUUUGUGCUUUGAAAAAAAGUUUAUAUUUAGUUAUUGAAGAAGUAUGAGGCCAGUAGUUUUAGAUUAUUUUAUCUGGUAUGGUGCUAAUACUUUAUUUGAAAAAAAAAAAAAAAGACUGCACCUUAACUUAAUUGCUAACUUUCCUUUAUUCUUUUAAAAAUAUAAUCACUGUAUAUUGAUUAUAGCCAUGUGAUUUUGUAGGUUAUUUUAUGUUUGAGUUGUGAUUGAAAGUAUAUUGUAUAUGGUAUUGUGAGAUGUGAGGUGAGUUGUAGUUAAGAAGCAUUCACAAAAUAGCACCAAAUAAAUUACACUUUAUCAUUUAACAUCAUUGUCAAUCUGCUUUUAACCAAGAGUCAAUAAAUCUUUUAAUUGCCUUAAA